UGCUUCACCAAUAAUAAAGACACAUUCUUCUCAUAUCCUUAUCUUCUUCUUUUUUCUUAUCUUUUUGUCCUUUCAUACAAAGAAUAACAAUUAAGGGGUCGUUUGAUUGGAAACAAGUUAUCCCAGUAUAAGUCUCCAGAGGUUAGCUAUCUUGGGAUAACUUAUCCCACCAUGUAUAUGAGAUAACUUAUGUCAUUACUAUGAUAUAAAUGGUGGGAUAAGUUAUCCCAAAUCUGACAGCCAAACAAGAUAAAAAAAAAUUCUUCUAUUCCAUCACUGUUAUUUUUAAUCCCUCACACCAAACGAGCCCUAGGAGUAUAGUUUUAAGACACACCCCAUAUAAGAUCUUACUAGCAAAUUUAUGUUACAUUACCCCUAUAAACACAUAUCCAUAUGGACAACCAACAACAACACCAAAACAUCAUGAGAACAAAUCAAGAAAGUGAUCAUCAUCAUCAUCAAAGUUGUUCAUCUAACUCAUCAUCUCCUUCACAUGAAUUCUCAUUCACAAUCUCAUUUCAACAAACAAAUCAAACCCCACCUCCUCCUCCUUCUUCUUCUUCUUCUUCAACUACUACAACUUCAUCAUCAUCAUUUGCUAUAGAUCUAUCUCCUGCUGAUGAUAUCUUCUUCCAUGGACACUUACUUCCUCUUCACCUUCUUUCUCAUUUCCCUAUAUCCUCCCCUAGAUCUUCCACUAACUCCCUUGAUGGCUUCACACUUCCCAAGAAAAAUCAUGACUUUUUUCAUCAACAACAUAAUAAAGUAUUAGAUGAUGAUGAUGAUACCUCUUGUUGUGAUGCUAAGGCAAAAUCAAAGUCUUUUUCACUAUUUGGGAUACCAAAAUGGAGAGUACUUAAAGAUCAAAACAAAGAAAGAUCAUCAAAGCAAUAUAGCAAGAAGAUGAGUCAAGUUGUUAAGAGGUAUAUAAAAAUGGUAAGGCCAUUUUUGUCAUUUAGAAAUAAAAAGAUUAAUAUGCAAUUUCAUUCUUUUUCUGGGAAUUUAUUAAAACAAAAUAAUAAUAAUAAUAAUAAUAAUAAUAAUAAUAAUAAUAAAUGGGAAUAUUCAUCAGCACCAGCUUCAAUAAGAACAUCACCUACAAAUAGUGGUUUACUUGUAGCAAAACCAACAGGAGGAGAUUAUAGUAAUUUUACUAAUUCUUCAAGUGAUAGCACUAUGGAAGAAUUGCAAUCUGCUAUACAAGCUGCAAUUGCUCAUUGUAAAAAAUCUAUUUCAAUGGAAGAUUAAAUCAAAUGAGUACUACUUGAUUUUAUUUCGUGUAACAGAUUUUAACAUGUGAUAGCAGGUUAGUUGUUAUCAUUUACGUACCAAGUAAUAUGUAUGUAAUUAGGAAAUUUGCUUGUAAUUACUUGAAUGGUCUGAUCGUAUAAAUAUUUUUUACAUCGUCGAUGGAUAUGUGUAAGUAUUUUUGCAAUAUGAGAUUUGAUAUAUGGAUGAUGCAUGUUGAGUUAUUGCUA